UUUGCUGGAUAAUUAUCAUUGUUGUUGUUUUUUACGCUCAUUGUUGUUUUUGUUUUCUUGGCAAGCGGGGGAGGAUGUGCCACAGUCGUCUCGGACUGCGCGUUUAAUAAUUAGAUAAAAAAUUAAUUAAUUGCAACUAAUGGCAAACGGUGGCCAGCAGAGAGGUUAGCAGCGAGAAAGUGAAUCGUGAAAAAACUAAAGCUAACGGGGCUUUUGUGUUUGUAUUGAUUUUAAUUGCAAUUCGCUGACUAAAAAUUAAACAUAAAUAAUUAAGAGCAAAGCAAUAGAAGCUCUGGGGAAGGCGAAGGUGAUGAUGAUGGAUAUGGCCCGUAAACAUGGAAAACGCUAAAGUGGAAGUAGAAGUGAAGUUGCGACAGCUGGAAAAGUGCUCUAUUCUCUCUCUAUCCCCCCAUUUAAAGGGGUGUGCGUGUGUCUGUGUGUAAACAAAACAAUCAGCAGUGUGUCUGCUUGUGUGUGUGUGUGUGACUAAGGUGAAGAGAUUGGUGGAGCAGCACAAUGGCCAACAACAACAAUAGUAGUAGCAGCAACAACAACGGGAGCAGCAGCAGUCGGAGUCGGGCCAUGCUUAAUGUUAAUCUUGAUACAUGUGUCAUGGCCAACGAUCCAUUGCGUGAGCUUUUCGAGGCCUGCAAAACAGGUGAAAUAGCCAAAGUGAAGAAGCUGAUAACGUCGCAGACCGUGAAUGCCAGAGAUACAGCUGGACGAAAAUCCACACCAUUGCAUUUUGCAGCAGGUUAUGGACGUCGCGAGGUUGUUGAAUUUCUAUUAAAUAGCGGCGCCUCCAUCCAAGCCUGUGAUGAGGGUGGACUGCAUCCGUUGCACAAUUGCUGUUCGUUUGGCCAUGCGGAAGUGGUGCGAUUGCUAUUGAAGGCAGGAGCCAGUCCCAAUACCACCGACAAUUGGAAUUAUACACCACUUCAUGAGGCGGCCAGCAAGGGUAAAGUGGAUGUGUGUUUGGCUCUGCUUCAGCAUGGGGCAAAUCAUACCAUAAGGAAUUCAGAGCAAAAGACCCCAUUGGAUUUAGCUGAUGAACUGACGAGGCCAGUGCUAACUGGUGAAUAUCGCAAAGAUGAGCUACUGGAAGCAGCUCGUUCCGGAGCCGAAGAUCGUCUGUUAGCCCUUUUAACGCCUCUGAAUGUGAAUUGUCAUGCGAGCGAUGGAAGGCGAUCGACACCUUUGCAUCUGGCUGCUGGAUACAAUCGCAUUGGCAUUGUGGAAAUCCUGUUGGCCAACGGAGCCGAUGUCCAUGCCAAGGAUAAGGGUGGACUGGUUCCACUUCAUAACGCCUGCUCGUAUGGGCAUUUCGAUGUGACAAAACUGCUUAUCCAGGCUGGUGGCAAUGUCAAUGCCAAUGAUCUAUGGGCCUUCACGCCUCUGCACGAGGCUGCCUCCAAGAGUCGUGUGGAUGUCUGUAGUCUAUUGCUAAGCCGUGGAGCUGAUCCUACACUCCUGAAUUGCCACAACAAGUCGGCGAUUGAUGCCGCCCCGACACGGGAACUGCGAGAACGUAUUGCCUUCGAAUACAAGGGUCAUUGCUUAUUGGAUGCAUGUCGUAAAUGCGAUAUAUCGCGUGCCAAGAAACUCAUCUGUGCCGAGAUCAUAAACUUUGUGCACCCCUAUUCAGGGGAUACGCCUCUGCAUUUGGCGGUCGUCUGUUUGGAUACCAAGCGCAAGCAAUUACUCGAAUUGCUCACAAGAAAGGGAGCUCUUCUGAAUGAGAAAAACAAGGCCUUCCUUACACCACUUCAUCUGGCUGCCGAAUUGUUACACUAUGACUGCAUGGAAGUGCUCCUAAAGCAGGGAGCCAAAGUCAAUGCAUUGGACAGUUUGGGUCAGACCCCGUUGCAUCGUUGCGCCCGCGACGAGCAGGCUGUACGCCUGUUGCUCUCCUAUGCCGUGGACACAAAUAUCAUAUCUCUGGAAGGUCUGAGUGCAGCUCAACUGGCUUCAGACUCUGUGUUGAAACUACUGAAGAAUCCUCCGGACAGUGAGACCCAUCUGUUAGAAGCAGCCAAAGCUGGUGAUUUGGAUACCGUGCGAAGAAUUGUUCUGAACAAUCCUCACACGGUCAAUUGUCGUGAUCUGGAUGGUCGUCAUUCGACACCCUUGCAUUUUGCCGCUGGAUUUAAUCGAGUGCCUGUAGUUCAGUUUCUUUUGGAACAUGGCGCCCAGGUCUAUGCUGCAGAUAAAGGGGGAUUAGUUCCUUUGCAUAAUGCCUGCUCCUAUGGCCACUAUGAGGUCACCGAGUUGUUGGUUAAGCACGGAGCCAGUGUCAAUGUCUCGGAUUUAUGGAAAUUUACACCAUUGCAUGAGGCAGCAGCCAAGGGGAAAUAUGAUAUAUGUAAAUUGCUAUUGAAAAAUGGUGCCGAUCCUAUGAAAAAGAAUCGUGAUGGUGCCACACCAGCUGAUCUCGUUAAGGAAUCGGAUCACGAUGUUGCCGAAUUGCUGCGCGGUCCAUCCGCUCUCCUAGAUGCGGCCAAAAAGGGCAACCUGCCAAGAGUACAACGUUUGGUCACCGCCGAGACAAUCAAUUGCCGGGAUGCCCAGGGUAGAAAUUCAACGCCAUUGCAUUUAGCUGCCGGCUAUAACAAUUUCGAAUGUGCCGAAUAUUUACUCGAGCAUGGAGCCGAUGUAAAUGCUCAGGACAAGGGAGGACUGAUACCACUACAUAAUGCAAGUUCUUAUGGUCAUUUGGAUAUAGCCGCCUUGCUGAUCAAACACAAAACCGUGGUAAAUGCCACGGAUAAAUGGGGAUUCACACCACUUCAUGAAGCAGCCCAGAAGGGACGCACUCAACUGUGUUCCCUAUUGUUGGCUCAUGGAGCCGACGCUUAUAUGAAGAACCAGGAGGGACAAACGCCCAUUGAAUUGGCCACAGCGGAUGAUGUCAAGUGUCUGUUGCAGGAUGCUAUGGCCACAUCACUGGCUACGCAGCAAGGUCUGAGUGCUUCCACGCAAUCAUUGGCCAGCAGUUCACCAGCUCCUCCAACUAAUACAGCAGCAGCUGGCACAACUGGAGCAACGACUUCGGCGACAUCGUCAACAUCGACUGCAAUGCUGUCACCAACAACAGAAACAGUUCUCUUACCAUCUGGAGCUUCUAUGAUCCUAUGUGUUCCUGUUCCCCUGCCCAUGGGCUCUCGCAUUAGCCCUGCUCAGGGAGCCGAGGCGCAUGGGGCAGAAUCUUCAUCGACUGAUGAAUUGCUUGCCGAUCCGGAUUCUAUAACAAAUGUUUCUAGUUUUCUUACCAGCCAACAAUUACAUCAUCUUAUCGAGCUUUUCGAACGCGAACAAAUCACUCUGGACAUUCUGGCCGAAAUGGGUCAUGAUGAUCUCAAGCAGGUGGGCGUUACCGCCUAUGGUUUUCGACACAAGAUACUUAAAGGCAUUGCCCAAUUAAGAGCCACCACAGGCAUUGGCAACAAUGUAAAUCUGUGCACUUUGCUGGUGGACUUGCUGCCUGAAGAUAAGGAGUUCAUUGCUGUGGAAGAGGAAAUGCAGGCCACCAUAAGGGAGCAUCGUGAUAACGGACAGGCUGGUGGCUAUUUCACACGCUACAAUAUUAUUCGGGUGCAAAAGGUUCAGAAUCGUAAACUAUGGGAACGCUAUGCUCAUCGCCGCCAGGAAAUUGCCGAAGAGAAUUAUGUGCAAUCAAAUGAACGCAUGCUCUUCCAUGGUAGCCCCUUCAUCAAUGCCAUUGUCCAGCGUGGAUUCGAUGAGCGACAUGCCUACAUUGGUGGAAUGUUUGGGGCUGGAAUAUAUUUUGCAGAGCAUAGCUCGAAAAGUAAUCAAUAUGUUUACGGUAUUGGUGGUGGCAUCGGUUGUCCAUCGCAUAAGGAUAAAUCCUGUUACGUGUGUCCCAGGCAACUUUUAUUGUGCCGCGUGGCAUUGGGUAAAUCUUUUCUACAGUUUAGCGCCAUGAAAAUGGCUCAUGCUCCACCUGGUCAUCAUUCGGUCAUUGGACGUCCCUCGGCUGGUGGCUUGCAUUUUUCCGAAUAUGUUGUCUAUCGGGGUGAACAAUCUUAUCCGGAAUAUUUGAUAACCUAUCAAAUUGUCAAGCCCGAUGAUAAUGGUAGUGGGACAGAAGAAACAAGAUGAUGGAUGCCCACUGUUGGCUCCACGCCCACAACAACAUCACCAGCACCACAACAGACCUCAGCUCCAGUUGCCAAGAGGCGGCCCAGGCAUGCCAAGAGCCAACAGCAGCAGCAGCAGCAACCACAAUUGCAAUUGCAAUAUCAGCACUAUCAACCACAACAACAACAACAGCAGCAGCCGCAACAGCAACACCACUCAGUGACCACCACUCAGCCCAUGUUAGCUGGCAUGUUUACGCACAACAAUAACAAUAACAACAACCAUCAUAAUAAUCAUCAUCAUCAUACGAAUAAUAAUAACAACAAUGAUCUAUUGUCACCAAUAUCGAAUAGCAAUAGCUAUUCCUCAGUGGAUACCAAUCAAACGCUGCUCAAUUCAAUUGCCAAUCAUCAGAGAAGCCAACGUCAAAGACAACCCCAGCCGCAGCAGCAGCAACAACAGCCGAAUCGCAGCCCAAAGUAUAGUCAAUUUAUGAUCAUCACACCCGCCGUAUCCAUUGAUCGUGACUUUGAUUACGACGACUCGCAUUUGGAUUUCGAGGACUUCGCCAAUGCAGCCCACAACAAUGGCAAUCUGUUUCGAUUGGGCCUGCGACGCAGCGAUAGCAGCAGUGACGUGGAUAGCGGCAGUGAACCCAGCGAUGACAGCAACAGUUUUCGCUCCAAUUACAAUCCGUAUUUGCAUCAUAGUCGCCAGCAUUUGCUGGCCAAGGGUCAUGGCCAUGGAAAGAACAGCAAUAGCAAUAACUUUUAUGCCUUCACAUCAUCGUGGCGCUGGUGCACAUUGCUAUGUGCAGCAAUGCGUUGCUUUGGUGCGGGAACUGGACAUGGCAAUGCCCCAUAUAGCAGUUCCCUGCAACAUCAUCGUCUACGCAGGUGUUCAUCGUAUAAUGCCGAGAAUGCAUAUGAGCAUUUUGCUGCUCCAUUUAAAGCGCGCAAGACGCGCGAUCAUCUUAAUAAUAUAACCUAUGAGUUGUGACGGUGGUCCUUGGAAUUUGUGGUUCUCCUUGAUCUCCUUUUUGUCGGUUGCCUCCUCCUCCUCCUCCUUCUCCUAAAAGUUUUACUCUUUCAACAUUUACAAUUACAAUUCUUAGCUAUAGAUGUCGUGUGUACUAUAAUAAUAAUAAUUAUAAUAUUAAAACAACAGAAACUACACCAACAACAACAAAAACAACAACAACUACUGUGUCUUUUCGUCGUCGUCAUUGUUGUUUAUUAAUAAUAAAUACAAUAUUAUUAAAAACGUUUAUUCUAAUUGCAUCGACUUCGAUUCGGGUAAUCAAAAGUAAAGCACAUUUUUUGAGUGAUUUUUAAUUCGAAAUACAAAAAAAAACAACAACAACAACAAUAUAUAUAUAUAUACAUAUACAUAUGUAAAAUUUAUUUCUGUAUGAUCGAAAAUAAUGCAUUGCGCUCGUGCGUUUAUUUAAGUGUUUAAACUUAGUUACUUUAAACAAGAAUUAAAACUCCAAUUACAUUUAAAUAUACAAUACAAUAAAUAUACAAAUCAAA